GGUCUUUCACAAAACCUUUUACCUUCUCUUUUCUUGGCAUAUGAAGUCCAAACACAGCCUAAAAGGGCAAAGAGGAAAAGUGAAUAUCAAAUUACCCUAUUGCCCUACAUUUAAAACCUCCCUUUCUCUUGCCUGUAACUCAUUCGAUCUUUCGUCUUUCCUUUCAUCUUCUACCUUCAGCAUUCAAUACCGAGAGAACAGGGAAUGAACCGAGCAGUAGCUACUGCUCUAACGAGUUGCGAGUGUUCGAGUCUUCGAAGUGCCGGCAGCCCUGGCCCCCUUCUCUUCCGAAGACGUUCAGGCCUUGCAGCACCGGCGUUGGAGGAGGUGUUAUAAAAUUGAGUCCAACUGAGUCUUACCAAUUUAAUCAGCAUCGAUAGAGACGGUCCAAUGCCUGAUUCUUUGAGUUUUAAAGCUUUCAGUUCUUACUGGUUAGGCCUCGGUUCAUGUUCAUUCACCAUUGUCCCGGCUUCAAGCCUGAGAAAGAUCGUCAAACUCAAAUUCCAAUCCAACGGUUUUUGCAUGGUAUCCUACACAUAGAACUUUCCCAUUAAUUUCCAGAUCCAAAUUUCGAGGUAAUUACUUUUCCUCCCAUCUGCAGUGCUAUGAGAUCGGCUGUGAAAUCAAUUGGUGAGAGUGGAAGCCUUGUGUUUAAUCAAAAUCUGAAAAUAGCCCAGUUGGGAAAAUGUGGUCAAAUCGAAGAAGCCAUCAAAAUCUUCGAGAGAAUGGUGAAUCGAAAUACUGUGACAUGGAAUUCAAUGAUCUCGGCCUAUGCCAAGAACGGCAGAAUCACUGAUGCAAGGCGCCUUUUUGAUCAAAUGCAUUCAAAGAACCUGGUCUCUUGGAACACGAUGAUAGCAGGGUACUUACAUAAUGAUCAAAUCCAUGAAGCUGCUGACUUGUUUGGCAAAAUGCCCAAAAGAGAUAUAUUUUCGUGGACUCUGAUGAUUACUUGCUAUACUCGAAACGGGGAGCUUCAGAAAGCAAGAUAUUUCUUUGAUCGGCUUCCAGAUAAGAGAAACCUGGUUUGUUGGAAUGCGAUGAUCACAGGUUAUGUGAAGAACCAACGGCUUGAAGAGGCUCGGAGAUUAUUUGAUCAGAUGCCAGUGAGGGAUAUGGUCUCAUGGAAUUCAAUGCUUACAGGGUAUACCCAGAACGGAGAGAUAGGUAUGGGAUUGAAAUUUUUUGACCAAAUGGAAGAGCGAGAUGCAGUUUCUUGGAAUUUAAUGCUUGAUGGGUUUAUUCAGGCUUGUGAUCUGGACUCAGCUUGGCUGUUCUUUCUGAGAAUUCCUAGCCCGAAUAUAGUUUCAUGGGUGACAAUGUUAAGUGGCUAUGCAAGGAAUGGUCAGAUUGCUGAAGCACAGAGAAUUUUUGAACAAAUGCCUGAGAAAAAUGUGGUUGCUUGGAAUGCCAUGCUCGCCGGUUAUGUGCAAAAUGGUGAAAUUGACGAGGCUAUUAGAUUAUUUAAACAAAUGCCAGAGAGUAAUUCUGUGUCAUGGACUACCAUGAUCAAUGGGUAUGUUCGUGUUGGGAAGCUUAGUGAAGCGAGGGAGUUACUAAAUAGUAUGCCUUACAAGAAUGUUGCAGCUAAAACUGCCAUGAUUUCGGGGUAUGUGCAGAGCAUGAGAAUGGAUGAAGCUCGUGACAUCUUUGACAGUGUAGGUUCUCGAGAUGUUGUCUGUUGGAACACAAUGAUUGCAGGCUAUGCCAUGUGUAGGAGAAUGGAUGAAGCAAUCAAACUGUUUAAGCAAAUGCACAAAAAGGAUAUAGUUUCUUGGAAUACAAUGAUUGCUGGUUAUGCUCAGGAAGGUCAAAUGGAUAAAGCACUACAUAUCUUUGACGAGAUGGUGGAGAGAAACACUGUUUCAUGGAAUUCUAUGAUUUCAGGUUUCACCCAAAAUGGGCUCUGUACUGACGCACUUCAGCACUUUGUCUUGAUGGUGAGAGAGGGUAAGAAACCUGAUCAGUCUACAUUUGCCACUAGUCUCAGUGCUUGUGCCAACCUUGCAGCUCUACAAGUAGGCAAGCAACUUCAUCAUCUUGUUAUGAAGUUAGGUUAUGUUCAUGACUUGUUUGUUGGGAAUGCUUUGAUCACUAUGUAUGCAAAGUGUGGAAGAGUGUUGAGUGCAGACCAAGUCUUCAAUGAUAUUAGUAGUGCUGAUAUAAUUUCUUGGAAUUCUCUGAUUGCUGGGUAUGCAUUGAAUGGCUAUGGGAAAGAGGCCAUUCAGCUCUUUCAAGAGAUGGAGAUGGUAGGGGUUGCUCCUGAUCAGGUCACCUUUGUUGGGCUUUUAUCUGCAUGUAGUCAUGCUGGAUUGAUUGACCAGGGUUUAAAACUGUUUAAAUCUAUGACUGAUGAUUUCUCCAUUGAACCUGUGGCUGAGCAUUAUGCCUGCAUGGUUGAUUUGCUUGGCCGGGCUGGUCGGCUAGAAGAAGCUUAUCAACUGGUAAUGAAAAUGCCAAUCAGGGCCAAUGCAGGAACAUGGGGUGCAUUGCUUGGGGCAUGCCGGAUGUACAGAAACUUAGAACUGGGGAAGUUUGCUGCUGAAAAGCUUUCUGAAUUUGAACCUCAUAAGACUUCAAAUUAUGUGCUCUUGUCAAACAUACAUGCUGAGGCAGGCAGAUGGGAGGAGGUGGAGAGAGUGAGGGUGCUGAUGAAAGAACAAGGAGUGGAAAAGCAACCUGGUUGCAGCUGGAUUGAGGUGAAGAAUCAAGUCCAUACAUUCAUCUCCGAUGACCCAGCACUACCAAGGGCAGCAGACAUCUGUGAGAUGCUGAGAAAUCUAACAGAACAGAUGAAAAGUAGAGGCUAUAUGCUUGACAUCAAUUUUUCACUGCUUGAUUGUGGAUGAGUGAUUGUUGCUGAACCCUCAUCCCUCAAAUAUGUGCUUUUUUUUCUCUUCUUUCCCUCUCAUAAAGAAGUCAUGGAGGUAUUUUUGUUGGUAGUUCUAUACUCUCAAGAGGCAUCUUGUAUUUUACAGAUUUGUGUAACUUGUACAGUUUUUUACCAGGAUUCCCCUGGUAAAGUGUAUAUAUGAUGGGGCUUAGCCUCCUUUUCUUCA